AUGCGCGUCCUUGCUAUCAUCAGUCUGGCCGUCGCCGCCGGCGCAGUCCCCCAACCUUGCGAUGCCGGGGACAACUACUGCGGCUGGUUCUUGGCCAACACCUUGGGAUGGCAGAACAUUCCCGACACCACGGGCCUCUGGAGAUGCACGGAGAACGGCGCCGCGGCUGCUUAUGUCGAACACUGCGCCCUCAACUGCACCGGGGGGCUUGCAGCAUGUCCUCCGCUACCAGGUACCGGAACCACGACCACGUCCGCCACUACCACCACGUCCUCCACGAAGACUAGCCAUACUCAUACCCCGUGGCCUACCUGGGGUCCUCAGUAG